AUGACAAAAGAAGAUUUAGCAGAACUAAGAAAAGAAUAUAAUGAAGCAGUAAAAAAUAAAGAAAUAGAAUUUCCUUUCAAAGAAGAAACAAAUAUUCACUCUGACUUUCCGGAAGAUUUACAAAAAGAAUGGGAGGAUUUGGACUUCGCUUAUUUAGAAGCCCAAGACCAUGAACCAGAAGAUAUGGAAGAUGAAGACUUGAAUGAACUUAGAGAAGAUUAUAGAGGUAAUUCUUUCUUUCAACAAAAAAUAAGGUUAGAGGAUUGGAGAAAUAUUCACUCUGGUUUUACCUCUAGACUAAUUAAGACUUGGAGAAGUUUUGCGGGUUUUAAAUUAUGGCGAUUACCAAAAGUUACAAAGCGAAUAUCAAGAGCAUUGCUCGCCAAUAAUAGCCCAACAGAUCCAGGACUAUUAGUAAACUUACAGAAAGAGGAUUACUUAAAGGAAAAACAAAAAGUUUUUAGUUUAAAAAUAGGAGUAAGAACAACUUUAAGUAUUACUAUUAAUCCUCGCUUAUAUCAGCGAUUAAAAGAAGAAAUUGGUGAUCGGAAAGUUAGUAGUUUUGUCGAGAAAGCUAUCGCUAAGGAAUUAGACAUUAGGCUAGUUGGCGAAAUAUUAUUAGUUAUCCUUGCAAUCUCAUUUGCUAUUUAUCGCGAAUUUAAAGAAAAAGGGAAAAUAACUAAAAUUAAAAAGAAAUUAGAAGAAAAGGAUGAACAAAUAAAUCAAGCAGAGUUAGAAAAAUAUAAUCUUGAAAGGAAAAACAGUGAAUUGGUAGCAGAAAACCAAAAAUUAAAGAGAGAGUUGAAAGAAAGCGAAGACUUUUCCGGUCUGGAAGGCGUUGAGAUAAUAAACCGAGUAAUUAUCAAAAACUUCAAGAUAGACUGCGAUGCUAAUUUUAUAAAUAUUUCUCCGCAAGUUUUGGAAAUAUUAAAAGGCGAUUUAAACCUGAACGCACAAGCGUAUUAUGAAAAUGAAGGUUGGAAAAGGACAGCAUUUGACAUGAGAUGA